CAUACACACACACACACACAUACACACACGCCCAUUUAUAUAGGCGGUGGCGGCGGUAGCGGCCGGGGCGGCGGCGGCGGCGGCGGCGAGCGCAGGAAUGAUGGAGCUGAGCCAGCCGACCCGGGUUGGAAGCAAGUGAGGAGAGCCUAGGCGCGCCCCGGGAUUUCUGCGCCCGGUGCUUGUCAUCCUACUCAGGGAACGGUGCACGGGCCGGCUGGACUGAUUUGCUAGCGGAGGGCGGGGAAGAGGAGGAAGCCAGGUGAGCGAGGAGCCCCCUGCGUAUCUGGACUGCCCGAACGCACCUUCGCGGGACUCCAGCCGCCUCUCCACCCAGGUGGGCGCGUCCGCUUCCCCACUCGCCAGGGGCGCUUUGAGGAGACCAGAAAGUCGCGGCCCGGCUGCGCGGGAUGCCUUUCGCCAAGCGGAUCGUGGAGCCGCAGUGGCUGUGCCGGCAGCGACGCCCGGCGCCUGACCCGGCGGAGGACUCGAUCGGAGGCAGCGCAGAACCGCCGCCGCCGCCGCCGCCCCUGCAGCUGCCCGGCCGACGGGACGAGGCCGUGGCGCCGGGGCCAGAGGAUCCUCCCCGCGCACCCCCUGCGCCUCCCGGGCCGCCGCUGCCCGCGCCAACCGACCAGGCGCCGCCACCGCACGGAGAGGCGCCCGCGGCGGGUGAGGAGAGCGUGGCAGGGGUCCUAGAGGCGGCGUCCGUGGCUGGCGAGGCGUCCUCAGCGGCAGCCACCGCGGUGUUGCUCAUGCUGGACCUGUGCGCGGUCAGCAACGCGGCGCUGGCCCGCGUCCUCCGGCAGCUCUCGGACGUGGCCCGGCACGCGUGCAGUCUCUUCCAGGAGCUCGAGAGCGACAUCCAGCUCACCCACCGUCGCGUCUGGGCGCUGCAGGGCAAGCUCGGCGGCGUGCAGCGCGUGCUCGGCACGCUGGACCCCAAGCAGGAGGCAGUGCCUGUCUCCAACCUGGACGUCGAGAGCAAGCUGAGCGUGUACUAUCGUGCACCGUGGCACCAGCAGAGAAACAUCUUCCUCCCGGCCACCAGGCCGCCCUGUGUGGAGGAGCUGCACCGCCAGGCCCGGCAGAGCCUGCAAGCCCUGCGCAGAGAGCACCGGAGCCGGAGCGAUCGUCGGGAGCAGAGAGCUGCUGCGCCCAUCCCGGCAGCAGCCCCUCCACUGCCCGCCUACCCCCCGGCUCACAGCCAGAGGAGGCGCGAAGCCAAGGACCGGCACUUCUUAACGUUUAACAGCACCCGUUCGCCCUCCCCCACUGAAUGUUGCCACAUGACCCCAUGGAGUAGAAAGUCCCAUCCCCCAGAGGAUGAAGAUACAGAUGUCAUGUUAGGGCAAAGGCCGAAAAACCCAGUACACAAUAUCCCCUCCACACUGGACAAGCAGACCAACUGGAGCAAAGCGCUGCCUCUCCCGACGCCAGAGGAAAAGAUGAAACAAGAUGCCCAAGUGAUUUCUUCCUGCAUUAUUCCCAUCAACGUCACUGGAGUCGGUUUUGACAGAGAGGCUAGUAUACGCUGCUCUCUUGUUCAUUCACAAUCUGUGCUACAGCGGAGACGAAAACUGAGGAGGAGGAAAACCAUUUCGGGUAUCCCCAGAAGAGUCCAACAAGAAAUAGAUUCUGAUGAAUCGCCCGUGGCCAGGGAAAGGAAUGUGAUUGUGCACACAAAUCCAGACCCUUCCAACACUGUCAACAGGCGGUCUGGAACCAGGGACUCGGAGUGUCAGACUGAGGAUAUUCUGAUUGCUGCUCCAUCCAGAAGAAGAAUCAGAGCUCAAAGAGGUCAAAGCAUUGCAGCUUCCCUUUCUCAUUCUGCUGGCAACAUUUCUACACUGGCAGACAAAGGUGACACGGUGUUUACUACUGCAGUGAGCAGCCGCACGAGAUCUCGGAGCCUUCCCAGGGAGGGCAACAGAGCGGGGGAUGCUGAGCCCAAAGUUGGUGCUAAACCCUCAGCAUAUGAAGAGGGGGAGCCUUUCGUGGGAGACCAAGAAAGAACCCUCACCGAUCGCAGUGAGGCCCCCAGCAGCCCCAGUGCACAGGAGCACCAGCCUGCUUUGAGCCUGGCCUGUUCCCAACAUCUUCACAGCCCCCAGCACAAGUUAAAUGAGAGAGGGAGGUCACGUCUGUCCCGGAUGGCUGCCGACUCUGGCAGCUGCGACAUCUCCUCCAACUCGGACACCUUUGGGAGCCCCAUCCACUGCAUUUCCACAGCUGGCGUCCUCCUCAGCAGCCACAUGGACCAGAAAGAUGACCACCAGUCAUCCAGUGGCAACUGGAGUGGGAGCAGCUCCACAUGCCCCUCACAGACCUCAGAGACGAUCCCUCCUGCAGCGUCGCCUCCCCUCACUGGCUCUUCACACUGUGACUCGGAGUUGUCACUCAACACGGCCCCUCAUGCUAAUGAGGACACCAGUGUCUUCGUGACAGAGCAGUACAAUGACCAACUAGAGAAAGUGAGAGGCCACCGGACAAACUCCUUUACCUCCACGGUGGCAGACCUGUUGGACGACCCCAACAAUAGCAACACGAGCGACAGCGAGUGGAAUUACCUACACCAUCAUCACGAUGCCUCCUGCCGCCAGGAUUUUAGUCCUGAGCGUCCCAAGGCAGACAGCCUGGGCUGCCCAAGCUUCACGAGCAUGGCCACUUAUGACAGCUUUCUGGAAAAGUCUCCAUCGGACAAAGCUGACACCAGCUCUCACUUUUCAGUGGACACAGAAGGAUACUACACUUCCAUGCACUUUGACUGUGGUCUCAAAGGCAGUAAGAAUUAUGUCUGUCACUAUGCAGCCCUGGGCCCAGAGAAUGGCCAGGGUGUUGGGGUUCCUCCUGCACUUUCAGACUGUGCCUGGCAGGACUACUUAGACCACAGGAGGCAGGGGAGACCAAGCAUCUCUUUCAGGAAACCAAAGGCAAAGCCAACUCCACCUAAACGUAGCUCAUCAUUGAGGAAGUCUGACGGAAAUGCAGACACUUCUGAGAAGAAAGAACCAAAGACAAGCAGUGGCCAGCUCCUGCCUCACAGUUCCAGGGAAAUGAAGCUGCCUCUCGAUUUCUCCAACACACCUUCUCGAAUGGAAAAUGCCAAUCUUCCCACCAAGCCAGAACCUUCGUGGAUGAACCAGAAUGAACAUGGUAUUAAGGAACCUCAGUUAGACACUCCAGAUGUUCCACCAUUCAAAGAUGAAGGUGCUGAAUCAACUCACUAUGCAGACCUCUGGCUUCUAAAUGACUUGAAAACAAAUGACCCUUACAGAUCUUUAUCGAAUUCAAGCACUGCUACAGGUACCACCGUUAUCGAAUGCAUUAAAUCUCCAGAGAGUUCUGAAUCCCAAACAUCCCAGUCAGAAUCUAGAGCCACCACCCCCUCCCUUCCUUCUGUCGACAAUGAGUUUAAACUGGCUUCACCAGAAAAGCUGGCUGGCCUAGCAUCUCCAUCAAGCGGCUACUCCAGCCAGUCUGAAACGCCAACAUCCUCUUUCCCUACUGCUUUCUUUUCUGGCCCAUUGUCUCCUGGAGGCAGCAAAAGAAAGCCGAAAGUCCCGGAAAGGAAAUCUUCCCUUCAGCAACCCUCUUUAAAAGAUGGCGCUCUGUCACUAAGUAAAGAUCUGGAACUUCCAAUUAUACCUCCUACCCAUCUUGACCUAAGUGCUCUUCAUAAUGUCUUGAACAAACCAUUCCACCACCGCCACCCACUACAUGUCUUCAGUCAUAAUAAGCAGAACACAGUAGGAGAAACUCUGAGGUCCAAUCCUCCACCGUCUCUUGCAAUUACACCCACGGUCCUGAAAUCAGUUAGCCUUAGGUCCAUCAGUAAAUCUGAAGAAGUUAAGCAAAAAGAAGGCAACAACACAGAUCUCCCCUACCUGGAGGAAAGCACUCUCACCACAGGUAAGAUUAGGCCACACGUGAUUAAGAAAUCAUUACCAUGUCAGUACGCCACUGAAGACACCAUCCUGUCCUUUUUAGACUCCUCUGCAGUUGAGAUGGGACCAGAUAAACUACAGUUAGAAAAAAAACAUACUUUUGAUGUGAAGCAUCAUUGUGAUCCAGAAACAGUAACCUCAGCUGGUAGCAAUCUUCUAGAUUCAAGUGUCACAAGAGACCAAACGCAUAUGGAGAGUGAGCCUGUUUCAGAAAACAAACCAAGUAAAAGUUGUGACUUUCUCAUGGAAGGCUUUCAGAGGGUCUCUGUUGCUCGCCCAAAUGAUUCAGAUGGUAAGACACUGCAAUAUGGAGCUGGUCCGGAUGGAGCCCUAGCGCAGGUCCAGAAGUUGUCUUUUGUAGAUCGUGAGGAAGCUGCACCCCCAGAGUCUGUGGAUGUGCUCACACCUCAGUCAGACUCUCCAACUCGAGUCACAGACAUAGGCUAUCAACUUAAGCCUCAACUUGGGAUGAGCCACCACCAUGACAAAGUGCCUGGGAAUAUCAGCUCUGAAGCAGAGAUAUCAACUAUAAACCCAUGCCCUGAAAAGUGUUCUGAGCAGGAAAAUAUUGCUUCAGGGAUUUCAGCCAAAAGUGCCUCUGAUAACAGCAGAGCAGAGGAGACCCAAGGAAGUGUGGAUGAGGUUUCACUGAAAGAAUCGUCACCCAGUGAUGACUCUGUGAUUUCACCAUUAAGUGAAGACUCUCAGGCUGAAGCAGAAAGUGUGUUCGUGUCUCCCAACAAACCUCGAACAACUGAGGAUUUGUUUGCAGUUAUUCACAGGUCCAAGAGGAAAGUACUUGGAAGAAAAGAUUCUGGGGACAUGUCUGUCCGCAGUAAGUCGAGAGCUUCCCUGGGCAGCAGUAGCAGCAACAGUGCCGGUUCUGUCACCUCGCCCAACAGCAAUGUGACCACCCCAAACAGCCAGAGGUCUCCUGGCCUCAUCUACCGAAAUGCCAAAAAGUCCAACACAUCCAAUGAAGAGUUUAAGCUAUUACUCCUGAAGAAAGGCAGUCGCUCUGAUUCCAGUUACCGUAUGUCUGCUACUGAGAUCCUGAAGAGUCCCAUCCUGCCCAAACCUCCUGGGGACCUCACCGCAGAGUCCCCCCAAAGCCCCCAUGAGGCCCAUCAGGGGUCACCGGGAACUGAAGCACUAUCUCCCCUCUCUCCGUGCUCCCCGCGGGUUAACGCAGAAGGGUUUUCCUCGAAGAAUUUUGUCACCUCAGCAUCGGCCAGGGUUGGACGUUCCCGGGCUCCUCCUGCAGCCAGCAGCAGCCGCUACAGCGUCCGCUGCAGGCUGUACAAUGCGCCCAUGCAGGCAAUCUCCGAGGGUGAGACCGAAAACUCUGAUGGGAGCCCACACGACGACCGAUCCUCCCAGAGCUCCACGUAGGCGACCCUGCCAGGCUGGCUAUCCAAGGCCAAAACCUUACUCAUAUGAGGAUGGAGGAACAAAACGGAAGACGUGGGUUAAGUCAGCAUGUGGUGCGGUCCCAUCACGUUUACCAACGAGUUCCUAAAUAUUUGCUGGGGAAAUGGAAGGUGGUUCGGUCUUUCUUAUGUUUUUCAGUAGCUGCACUGUCUUUCAUAUUUUUCUUUAGCAUAGUUUGAUUUACCCAGUCUCAUUCCUUUUGAUAAUAGAGAAUUUUAAAAUGUGUGCUUUUCACAAAACCUAGAAAAAUUCUUUCCCAGAGCUGCCUAUUCAGAAAACAAAGCCCUCACUGUCAUAAUUCAUAUGAAGAUGAAAUUACUCUGGAGGUUUGGUAUAUUUUUACAUUCAAAUGGACUAAAGCAAAUUUAGAAGAACUACACACAUGUAAAUACCAUAUUUUUGAUAAAAAUGUGUAAAUAGAUUUAUUGACGACGAGUGGACAUGUGGCCAAUUAUUUACCACACAUCAACUGUUUAUAGAACACAACAAAUACAGUGUAAUAAUUGUAUUCUGUGAAUACCAUUUUCAUAUCAAAGACCAUAUUUAAAUGUCCACCGAUACGAUUUCUGAGUGAUAAACCUCAAAUAUGACUUUUAAACUGGUGAAAUAAAGGAAAUCUUGAGGUCAUAUAGUGAAAUGUGAUUAAUUUAAAACAAUGAAUUCAGACUUAACCAUUUUUGUGACAAAUUGCAGCACCACACAAACUACUGGUAACACAUGGCUGAUGGCCACGUGGUAAUCUGAACAGAAUUAAAAGCAUGCUUUUGAUUUAAAAAACAAAAUUAGAGAAAUCAUCAUUUUCAAUACAAAGCCCUGAACAACAGCACUUGACAGUGUCCUUUUAACUUCAGUUUUUCAAUGGAUUGCUUUAAACAGAAUGAGUAGGGAAAACAGUAGUUAAUUUUAGGUUACAUUUUAUAUUAUACUACUGGGGACAUAAAUAGUCAUAAUCUGAUGACUAUUAUCUUUAAACUCCUUCAACAGUUUAGCAAUUAGCUCCAGGCUCUUUAAUGAACAAAAAUAAAACAUAAGCAUGCCACAGAGCUGUGGAUUUAUCAGUAAGUACCUGCAAUGAGUUUUCAGUGACGCUUUCUCUCUGUGCUGACGAGAUUCAUGCUACCUAAAAAUUAACAGAAAUGACACUGUGAACAACGUAGUUGGGAAAUAGGUAUGUGUAUAUGCAUUAUUUAUAUUCACUGUUAAAUGGGAUUGGGGAGCAUCUCUGGUUCACAAUGCUACAUACAACUGAGUUUUUGUCUGAUUUUACUCUAUCUGCUUGAUGACAAAAGGGGAGGGUGGUGGGUGGGACAAGAAAUGUCAGGGCAAGUGCUCUGACAAAAUGAAGGCAGGGAAACAAGCUGAAUUACUUGAAAUUACUUGAAUUUUCUUGUCUUAAAACUGAAAACAAAUGUAGUUACAAGUUGAAAUCUGCCAAUGGGUUAUACACCUGUGAUUUUAACAUGAACUGAUACUAAUGUUUGAGAUGAUAUGUCAGAAACAUAAGCAGCUAUGAACUUGGAAUAUGUUUUGAAUGAGAGAAGGUAGAAAGUAGAGAACUAAGAAGGAAUAUGGCCUAUAAAAGAAUAGAAUGUGAUUAGAAUGAUAGAACACACCAGAGUUACCAAGAAAUUGAUAAGCAGCUGGUUUUAAGCUUAUGCAAGUGGUAUUUGGGAAAGUAGGAUGUGUGAAAGGGGUUUGUGGUUUUGGUUUAAUUCAUGCAAUAUGAAGGAGAAAGCCUGGUCUAAGAAGAUGCUGUCUUUCAAUAGAAACACUUUAUAAGACAUUACAGAGUGAGAAUUACAGGAUCUGAUUGCUGUUGGGUUUCUGUUUGUUUCUUUGGGGGAAAAAAAUCCAGUUUAUUCUAUUUGUUUUUUUGCUAUCAAAAUGUGUUUCUUAAUUUCUUGUCAUCCUUGUAUGUAAAAGGGGUGCUGGGGUGGUGGGGUAGAGGAGGGAGAAUGUGUGUGCGUGUGUGUGUGUGUGUGUGUAUGCUUGUGCAGGGAUAGAUAAGCUACCUGGUAAAGGAUACAUUUGAACAUUUAUAAAGUGUUAUACUUUUUAUUAAAAGAAAAAUGUUUGGGGGUUUGGAAAAAAUGGACCAUCAUUUCUCAUUGGAACCCAUUAGUUAAGAAAACCAGCAUGGUUUAACACCACAUGGGAACAUGAAUAACUUUUUUCUCAUGCUUUGAAAAGUACACUUGGCAAACUUUUAAAAAUAAGGUUUUUAGACAAAUGUGAUAAGAAGUCAUUUCCAGUCACAAUAGGUGAUCUUUUGUAAUUUUCAUAAAAGCAGUUCGUUUGCAGUAUGGCUUUUGUGUAAUUAGGGGUUUUUUAGUGUAAAGAAAGGUAUGUGGGCUUUAAAAGUGAUUCUAAAUCUUGAACAGAAAACACAAAUUGGCUUUAACAAAUAUGUCACCUUAUUAUUGAUAUUAAUUUAAGUAAUGGUACCAUAUAUAUUUUAAAAUACAUAUUGACUUGAAUUGUGAGGCAAUAAGAUAGCAUCUAUAUGUAAUGAUCACAGAACUAACCCUUAGAAUAUAGUUUUACUUAUUUUGUUUACUCUAAAAAUCUAUAGCAGAGUUUCUCUAUUUUAUAUUUCAUAGAUUAAAAAAAAAACCCAGAUAAAGAUGGAUUUAAAAUUCACUGUGCAAAAGAGUAUUGAGUAACAAACUGAGUUUUAAAAAAAGCAAGAAAUUCCUUUGUAAUUUGGAAUAGUCUACAUGGCUUUAUCACAUAGCAUAUAAGAGCAAGAUUUAGAGGGCUGUCUUCAACAUCACUGCCGUCUUGAAGCAGGGUACACACAUUAGGUAUUGUGAGGAACAUCAACCCAAACUUUUCUUCUGUUGUUUGCACUGAUGCUAUUUUUUUCUUCUUUUAUGUUAUACAACAUGUCCGUGUUGUGUGGGGGAGAUAUUUUUUCCUUAUUUUUUGAUUAUUUUUCUUUUUUUUUUUUUGGCUAAGUAGAGGACAUGGACUAGUAGCAAACAAAAACAUGCUGUUUGCUCUUGCCAAAGUUCAGUGAGAGAGUACAUAUGCUGCAGUGGUGGCAGACUUAGAGAAUUAGAUCAUGACAAAGAUUUACAACUAUGAGGAAGGUUAGAGUGUAACUCUUUUGGUACUAGAACCAGUUCAUGCUGGCCGAAAGACAAUGGUUUAUGGACUUGCCUCCAUUUUGUAUUUUUGUAAUAUUUGUAAAUACGGACUUUUUAAAUUGUUGCAAAAAUGGUUUCUUUUGUAAGAUGUUUUCAACGUUUACAUUCAAUUCAAGCCUUUGUAUAUUUUAGAGCUGUGCAACACUUUAAGUCUUGUAUUUAUUUUUAGUAAAAAUGGUGACAAUUUCAUUGUGAACCCCUCUCAAAAAAAUGUACCAGAAAAGUUUGAUUACCUAGAAAGUGUGUAUAGAAACUGCAAAUAAACGUGACUGCAAUUAAA